UCAAAAACGCUGACUAUCCCCCUCCGGGGUUCACUGGGGGUUCAGCGUACAGUACUGGCCCGACCGGGCUGCCGGACCCGCCAGAGACAGCUGCUGGGUACGCGGGGAAUAUCAUCGACGCGGGGCAAGGGAGACUUCAACUCUGGGUUCGUGGGCACCUAUGACCCAACAGAGGAGUCUGGGCAGGGUCCCAUGUUUAACAAGGCCAGCUUCGGGGUGCCGCAGUUCUACCCACGCGACCUCAAAAGGCGGGUGGACGACUACGUUGUCGGGCAGGACAGGGCCAAGAAGGCGAUAUGCACCACCAUAUUCAACCACUAUCAGACGGUGAGGCGGCGGCGUCACCAUGAGCAUCAGGAGCGCAACCGGCGAGAAAAGGUCAUGAGGCAGAUGCUAGUCAAAGACCGCGAGCGGCACCAGCGUCGGCGAGAGGCCCGUUCUGUUCAAGGUCAGCAGAAAACCUGCGAAGGUGCCUUUUGGCCUCUCCAACCUGCUGACGUCUUGGGAAAAGAAGAGGAGCUUCCAGGUCCUCAUGAGCCUGCGAAACAGCAACAUGAAGCCAACGAGUUGGCAGAAGACCCGUUUGAAAACAGCCUAUAUACGCCUGAGGACAUGUCCGCCGACGAACCUGUCCAGAUCGAUAAGAGCAAUAUGCUUCUUAUAGGGCCCACGGGCGUAGGCAAGACUUAUAUUCUUGAGACUCUGAGCAAGAAAAUAAACGUACCCUUCUCCAUCUGCGACUGCAACUCAUUCACGCAAGCCGGCUACAUAGGGCAAGACGUCGAAUCAUGCAUCGAGCGGCUACUUAUCGAGUCCAACUACGACAUCAAGGCGACGGAGCACGGCAUCGUGGUGUUAGACGAAUUCGAUAAAAUUGCGCGGAGAGAGACAUCCACGGGACGAGACGUGAGUGGCGAGGGUGUGCAGCAGGCGCUCCUUAAGCUCAUUGAGGGCACCAGGGUGACGAUCAAUGUCAAGGACAAUCGAUCGUCACGGUCGGCACCCCCGAUCACCACAAACCUGAACCCUAGUGGCUCAUCAUCUUCCCCGGCGGGUCCUCCCGGUGGCAAGGUGGACCAGUAUACCAUCAACACCAAGAAUAUCCUCUUUGUGUUCUGUGGGGCCUUUGUAGGCCUGGACAAGGCCAUCGCCCGACGUGUAUCCAAGCCAUCAGUAGGCUUUGGCGGCGCACUAAAGGGCCGUCAGUCGACGGGCAGUCGAGACGUGCUCCCCGAAGAAGUGUAUUCGCAUCUGCCGCAUUUCUCGGGAGCGGAGGCAUCGUCAUUCACACCGCUCGAUCUCGUGACGCCCGAGGACCUCCAGGCCUUUGGCUUCAUCCCCGAACUCAUCGGUCGACUGCACAACAUCUGCACGCUGAGCCCCCUCUCCAAGGACGACCUGUACCGCAUCCUGACGGAGCCGCGCAACAGCCUGUCGGCGCAGUACAUGGCCCUGUUUGAGACGUACCCCUCGCAUCUGCAAUUUACCGAGAAGGCACUGUACGCCAUCGCCGAGCGGGCCGAGUCGGCCGGCACGGGAGCCCGAGGACUGAAGAUGGAGAUUGAACGGGUCCUCGCCGAGGCCAUGUUCGAAGCCCCCAUGCCGUAUGUCCUCAUCACUGAGGCCUGCGUCAAGGGCACAGAGAAGGCAGCGUACUGGGCCAAGGAUGGACGGUUCGAGCUUGAUAGAAGGCUCGAGGAGGAGAUGAUAAACCCGCGGCCUACUACCCAGACGUCCACAACCGACACUCUUGAGAGGUACAGAGAAGAGGGACAGAGCGGAGGUUAA